AUGCGCGAUGUGGUAAUCCCUACUGGUAUCACUCGACUACCGUUGAACCUUGGAGAAACAAAACACGGCAAGUUGAAGGCUGCACAAUGGCACAGCCUUUUUGCAUAUGUUAUUCCGCUCAUUAUCCUUGAACUCUAUGUGGACGACCCACAAGACAUUCCGAUGGACUCAAACAAACGAAACAUCAUCGUCAACAUCGGUUAUUUAACACAGUGCACCAACAUUGUCUGUGCAAAGAGCGUCUCAGACGCUGAUGCAAACCACUUCGAAUCGCUUUACAAGAAAUAUACGUUGUCAUCAAAAAAAAUUUUUCAUAACCUGAUCAUCAAACCGAAUCAUCACUAUGCCCUUCAUAUACCCGAGCAGAUCAGGAUGUGGGGCCCUCUUGGCCAAGUGGCAGAAUUUGCCGGAGAGCGUUUGAUUGGAGUUUUACAGAACUUUUGGCUCACAUAUGGUAUCUAUGUCUCAGGAGAAAUGGAUCGCACAAUGAUGCGCCGGUUCUGUCAGCUUCAAAGGCUGAUGGCAGACCAUCCUAUAGUUGAAGAUAUCUCACUCGGAGAUGAUCCAGGACCACUCAAUAGCCGUUCACAAGAAAAAAAAAACAGGAUCGAGCUUGAUGACGAGGAGUAUGAGGCUUUGCUAUCUUAUGUUCAAAUUAAGAGUCCUGAUGCCAGAGAUCAUCGGAAGCUCCCUCAUCCUCCAAAUGCCAAAGUGUUUCAACCCUACGUAGCUCCGACAAAGACUUGGAAAGUAUCUGAUCGUGUCUCUGUAUCGGUGCUGAAACCUAACAACUGCAUUGAAUUCAAACAACAUGGAAAAGUGCAGUAUGGUUUUGUCAGGCAAAUCUAUCACUUUGCAACACCCGAAGGUAAAUGGAAUACCGUUUUCUUAGUUAAUCCAAUCAACAAUUUGUUUCCCAAAGAUCUUGAUUCAACUUCAAAAGACUUUCGCUAUAUACUCUUUCUCCUCAAAGCUGUGGUUGGCAUAGUCGAAGAGGAGUUUACAUACUUAUCACCUCAAUCAGUUUCUUGUGUGGCGGCUUAUCGUCUUUUACCUCCUCACACGUUUGGUAUUGCAGAAGCUGGGAUCAUUUUAAGACCUAGUGAUUACAAUUCUCAAUUAUCCAUAUAG